AUGGAAUCCCUCUCAGACACAAAAUGGGAUGUGGUGAUCAGCGGCACUGGGCUCCAACAGUCCCUUCUUGCCCUAGCUCUGUCACGAUCGGAGAAAAAUAUCCUCCACGUCGACCACAAUGAUUUCUAUGGCGAGUCCGAGGCUGCCCUGAGCCUACACGAGGCAGAUGUGUGGGCACAGAGGCAUGCGGCACACGGCGAGGGCAUCUUUUCGGCAGCGGAAGUGACCAAGGACGAUGCAGGUCUGUCGUUCUCGCGAGCAUACAGCCUGGCUCUCGCGCCGCAACUGAUUCAUGCGCGAUCCGACCUCCUCUCGCAGCUCGUCUCUUCAAAGGCUUUUCGCCAGGUUGAGUUUCUUGCGGUCGGUUCCUUCUUUAUCUAUCAAGAUGAGGCUCUCAGCCGGAUACCUUCCACGCGAGAAGACGUCUUUGUCAACACAACCAUCUCCGCUCGGUCCAAGCGGGCACUGAUGAAGUUUCUCAAGUUUGUUCUCGAGUACGAUUCGGAACCGCAGGUCAUGGUUUGGAAGGCGAAGGCGUCCGAGCCUCUGGUUGACUUCCUUCUGUCGGACUUCAAGUUGGAUCGCGAUCUGCGAUCCUAUGUCGUCGCCUUGACCCUCAGCCUGGAUGAACGGAUACCGGUGGAAGCUGGUCUUGCCGCCAUCAAGAGGCAUCUCACUUCCAUGGGAGUCUUCGGUCCCGGAUUUGCCGCCGUCUAUCCCAAAUGGGGCGGCAUUUCGGAGAUCGCUCAGGUGGGCUGUCGAGCCGGUGCUGUGGGCGGUGCAGUGUACAUGCUCGGAACAGGCGUUUCGGGCGUGGAAACCGCUGAAGACGAGCUUGAGAUCAAGCUGACAAACGACCUUGCGGUCCGAACGAAGACUCUGGUCCAAGGCGCGAGCAAGCCAAUGAAACAAAGCCCGAGCGUGAGUCGACUGACGGCUGUUGUUGCGUCUGACUUCUCGUCCCUGUUUGAGACGACGAUUGAGGGAUCACCAACGCCAUGCGUGGCGGUGGUGGCUUUCCCGUCCGAGUCGGUCGUCGACUCUAACGGCACAUCGAACUCGCCCAUCUACGCCUUGGUGCACUCGAGCGACACUGGCGAAUGCCCUGCUGGACAAUGCACAAUAUAUCUUAGCACGGUGUCCACUCCUAGGUCGAAAGAUAUGUUGGACGCGGCGCUAUCAUGCCUGCUCGCGACGUCUCCGGAACCAGUCGGGUGCCUCUACAAGCUCCGGUACGAUCAGAAAGGGGGCACAGGCUCCUUUACGGUAGAUGGCGGUUGUGGCACGUUCGGCCUACCGCCAUUGGACCUCGCGUUCAACGACUCUGCACUGGCGUCGGUUCGUGAAGCCUGGGAUAUGGUUGUUCCGAACGGGGAGGGCGACUACAUGCAAUUUAACGAUCGGGAGGGCGCAUUCGACGAGGAUGCCGUUGGUGACUAG